AUGGAGGAUGUGGACCUCCGCUGGGACCUGAGGUUCAACAAAAUUAAGGAUAUACAACCUGGGUCCUUCAGAAGAUUGAAGAACCUCAACACACUACUUCUCAACAACAACCACAUACGAAGCAUCCCUAGGGGGGCUUUUGAAGACCUGGAAAACCUCAAAUAUCUCUAUUUGUACAAGAAUGAAAUCCAGUCAAUUGACAGACAAGCAUUUAAGGGCCUUGUUUCUCUUGAGCAACUGUAUCUGCACUUCAACAACAUUGAGUCCUUGGAACCGGAAUCUUUCACAUUUCUACCAAAACUGGAACGACUUUUUCUGCACAACAACAGAAUUACCCACCUAGUUCCAGGGACCUUCUCACAUCUUCAAACCAUGAAGCGACUGCGACUGGAUUCCAAUGCGUUAAACUGUGACUGCGAGCUGCUGUGGUUGGCUGACCUGCUGAAACAGUACGCCGAAUCGGGCAACGCUCAGGCGGCUGCUACCUGUGACUACCCGAGUCGCCUGCAGGGCAGAUCGGUGGCGACCCUCACGGCUGAGGAGCUCAACUGUGAGGUUCCCAGGAUCACCUCGGAGCCCCAGGAUGUUGAUGUCACAUCUGGAAACACUGUCUACUUCACCUGCAGGGCCGAGGGAAACCCCAAACCACAGAUCAUCUGGCUCAGGAACAACAAUGCACUAAACAUGCGCGAUGACAGUCGCCUCAACCUCCUGGAAGAUGGAACUCUCAUGAUCCAGAACACCAGGGAGACAGACCAGGGAGUGUACCAGUGCAUGGCUAAGAAUGUGGCUGGUGAGGUGAAGACUUCGGAGGUCACGCUGCGGUACUUUGGAGCCCCCUCUCGACCGAGUUUUGUCAUCCAGCCUCUUAACACGGAGGUGCUGGUGGGAGAAAGCGUGACCCUGGAGUGCAGCGCCACCGGCCAGCCGCAGCCGCGGAUCUCCUGGACGAAGGGUGACCGUACACCUCUGCCCAGUGACGCUCGCAUCAGCACCACUGCCUCUGGGGGGCUCUACAUCCAGCAGGUGGUCCAGUCCGAUGCUGGGCAGUACACCUGUUUUGCCUCCAACAACGUUGACACCAUUCAUGCAACGGCCUUUAUCAUCGUCCAAGCCGUCCCAGAGUUCACAGUCACUCCUCAGGACCUGUCGGUGGUGGAGGGCCAAUCAGUGGACUUCCCCUGCGAGGCAAGAGGCUACCCACAACCCGUGAUCGCCUGGACCAGAGGGGGCAGUCCUUUACCUCUGGACCGGCGUCUCGUUGUCCUGUCAUCUGGUACGCUGCGCAUCACUAGAGUAGCAGCCCACGAUGAAGGACAGUACGAGUGUCAAGCAGUCAGCCCGGUGGGGAGUGUGCAGACUGCAGUUCAGCUUGGCAUCCAGCAGAGAGUAACUCCCGUCUUCACGAACACUCCCAGAGACCAGACGGUUGUGACGGGCCAGGACGUCCGUAUUCCCUGCAGGGCCCAGGGCCAGCCGCAGCCCGUAACUCCCGUCUUCACGAACACUCCCAGAGACCAGACGGUUGUGACGGGCCAGGACGUCCGUAUUCCCUGCAGGGCCCAGGGCCAGCCGCAGCCGGUCCUCACCUGGAACAAGGAUGGCGUUCAGGUGACGGAGAGUGGAAAGUUCCACAUCAGCCCUGAAGGUUACCUGGAGGUCAAAGACGUGGGAACGGCCGAUGCUGGACGUUAUGAGUGCGUUGCUCGAAAUCCCAUUGGUUAUCAAGUUGCCCCCAUGGUGCUGACUGUAACAGUUCCUGCGGUCAGCAGAGAGGGAGACCUGUUCGUGAGCACGUCAAUAGAACAGGCCAUACGUUCUGUGGACAGUGCCAUCGAGUCCACAAGGAGACGCCUCUUUGAUGGUCAGCCCCGUACUCCAGGAGAGUUGUUAGCUCUUUUCCGGUAUCCUCGUGAUCCCUACACCGUGGAGCAGGCGCGUGCCGGGGAAAUCUUUGAACAAACUCUUCUGCUGAUCCAGAACCACGUCAACCAGGGUCUCAUGGUGGACACCAACGGAACAGCCUUUCGUUACAACGACUUGGUGUCGCCACACUUUUUGGACGUGAUCGCCAACCUGUCCGGCUGCACGGCCCACCGACGAUUCAACAACUGCUCCGAUAUUUGCUUCCACCAGAAGUACCGCAGUCACGAUGGCACCUGCAACAACCUACAGCACCCAAUGUGGGGCGCCUCCCUCACCGCCUUUGAACGCCUCUUGAAGUCCGUCUAUGAUAACGGCUUCAACCUUCCCAGAGGAACCACAGAGCGGCUGCACAAUGGAUACAGGCUGCCGCUGCCCAGGCUGGUGUCCACCACCAUGAUCGGGACGGAGACCAUCACCCCUGACGACCGCUACACUCACAUGCUGAUGCAGUGGGGUCAGUUCCUGGACCAUGACUUGGACUCCACGGUGGCUGCCCUCAGUCAGUCACGCUUCUCUGAUGGACAGCUCUGCGCUCAGGCGUGCACCAAUGACCCGCCGUGCUUUCCCAUCCAGUUCCCUCCCAAUGACCAACGGCAGUUGCGGAGCGGGGCUCGCUGUAUGUUUUUCGUCAGGUCCAGUCCCGUCUGCGGCAGCGGGAUGACAUCUCUGCUCAUGAACAGCGUUUACCCGAGGGAGCAAAUUAACCAGCUGACCUCCUACAUCGACGCCUCAAAUGUUUACGGCAGCUCACGCCAUGAAUCCGAGGAAAUCCGGGAUCUGGCCAGUCAAAGGGGUCUGCUCCGUCAAGGUAUCAUACAGCGUACAGGUAAGCCCCUGCUGCCGUUUGCGACAGGUCCGCCGACGGAGUGCAUGAGGGACGAGAACGAGAGCCCCAUUCCGUGUUUUCUUGCGGGAGACCACCGCGCAAACGAGCAGCUAGGCCUGACGGCCAUGCACACGGUGUGGUUCAGGGAACACAACCGCAUAGCCACGGAGUUACUGAGACUGAAUCCCCACUGGGAUGGAGACACCAUCUACCAUGAAGCAAGGAAGAUAGUUGGAGCCCAGAUGCAGCACAUCACCUACAGCCACUGGUUACCAAAGAUUCUAGGUGAGGCUGGUGUGAAGAUGAUGGGACCGUACACCGGUUAUGACCCCAACAUCAAUGCCGCCAUUUUCAAUGCCUUUGCGACUGCUGCUUUUCGCUUCGGCCACACCCUGAUCAACCCGAUACUGUACCGGUUGGAUGACGACUUCCAGCCCAUUCCACAAGGACACAUCUCCCUGCACCGCGCUUUCUUUUCACCGUUCCGCAUUGUGAACGAAGGCGGCAUUGACCCACUGCUGCGUGGACUCUAUGGCGUUGCUGGUAAAAUGCGUGUGACAACUCAGUUGUUGAACACAGAGUUGACAGAGAGGUUGUUCUCGAUGGCUCACGCUGUGGCCCUGGACCUGGCUGCCAUGAACAUACAGAGAGGAAGGGAUCAUGGGAUACCGUCCUACAACGACUACAGGACCUUCUGUAACCUGACAUCUGCCCAGACCUUUGAUGAUCUGAGAAACGAGAUCAAGAACCCGACCGUCAGAGAAAAGUUACAGAGACUUUAUGGCACUCCACUGAACGUCGAUCUGUUCCCCGCCCUCAUGGCUGAAGACCUGGUCCCCGGCAGCAGACUGGGGCCCACCCUCAUGUGCCUGCUGGCGGCUCAGUUCAAACGUCUGCGGGACGGUGACAGAUUCUGGUAUGAAAACCCAGGUGUGUUCACCCCGGCCCAGCUGACCCAGUUGAAGCAGGCCUCCUUGACGAGGGUGCUGUGUGACAACGGAGACAACAUCACUCGCGUCCAGGCCGACGUCUUCAGAGUGGCAGAGCUGCCCCACGGCUACGGCAGCUGUGACGACGUCCCGCAGAUUGACCUGCGUAUGUGGCAGGACUGCUGCGAAGACUGCAGAACCAAAGGUCAGUUCAACGCUCUGUCCUACCACUUCAGAGGACGCAGAUCAGCUGAUCACAGCUACCAGGAGGACAAACCUGACGGCAGCGUCCAGGACAGCAGCCCAGUGGACCAACCCUCCAGUCCAGUCAAUGUCACUCUGACCUCUAAGAAAAGCACUGAACCCUCGGUAAACGACUUCCAGGAUUUUGUCUCAGAUAUGCAGAAGACCAUCCCAAGUUUACGAAAGCAGAUUAAAAGACUUGAAGCCCGUCUGAGCAAAACGGACUGCACUGACAGUGAGGGACACGACCGGACGGACGGAGAACGCUGGAAAAAAGACUCCUGCACCACAUGUGACUGCAGCAAAACCCAGGUCACCUGCUUCGUGGAGUCUUGUCCACCAGUCAAGUGCCAACGACCCGUCAAGUUAAAAGGCACCUGCUGCCCGGUGUGCCUUCCACCGGCAGACGACGACGACAAGGGACGAGAAGCCAGCACCCAGCAGAACUGACCGUCAGGACUCCCCCUGCCCCCCCCCCCCCC